AUGCCUGAUGCUGAAAAUUUUAAUGUCUUAAAAUAUGGUGCAGAAGAGUCUGACUAUACACUAGUAACUGAUGUGGAUGAUGUAAAAUCAUACAAUUACUCAUCAUCAUCGUGUAAUAAAAUUCCUUCUAUAGAAAAUCUUGGCGUGUCAAAGGACUUAAAUGACGCAAUUGAUCUAAUAGACAAUGACAUUCGCAUAUUGGGUAAUUUCCCAUUAUUAUGUCGUGUUUGUACACUAUUAUUAGCCAAUAAUCGAAUUAAUCGACUAGAUCCACAACUAUUUGAAUUUCUACCCAACCUUACUACUUUAGUUUUAACAAACAACAAUAUAAUGGAAUUACCUGAUUUGCAACCAUUAAAUGGAAUUAAAAGAUUACAAUAUAUAAGUUUACUGGAUAACCCAGUAACCAGGAAACAAUGGUAUCGAAGUUGGGUGAUUCGGAAGAUCCCUAGUAUUAGAGUUAUAGAUUUCAAAAGAGUUCGUGAUAUGGAACGUAAAGAAGCCAAAAAAUUAUUUGAAACAACAAAAGGUGAACCAACCUCACUUGCAAAAUCUAUAUCAGAAACAAAUUCAAAAAUUAUUGAAUCUGGUGAAGAAGAACAAGCUCAGAUAAAGGCCAUUCGUAAUGCCAAAACUUUGGAAGAAGUUGCCCGUCUUGAAAAAUUGUUACAAUCUGGUCAUAUUCCCGGUUCAAAUAAACCUUCUGCUAACAAUGAUGUAAAACAAAAUUCUGAUGCGGAAUCUGUUAAUAAUACAAUAAUGCCUGAUGCUGAAAAUUUUAAUGUCUUAAAAUAUGGUGCAGAAGAGUCUGACUAUACACUAGUAACUGAUGUGGAUGAU